AUGGCGAGGCAGCAGUCUACCACUUCCAGGCGCUCGUCGCAGAGCCGGGAUGCCUCCAGAAUUAGGUCGUCGCGGUCAGAGUCACCAGGUUCAAAGGCUGCGGAAAUGGGACCGUUGCCGAAGUUGAAGAUAAAACUCAGGCUCAAUCCCAAAGAUCCAGAAGAGAAGAAGGAUCCGUUUCCUACGACGUUCAACGACGAGAAUACAGACUACAACAAUGAUCUUCCACAGUACCCUGCUUGGCAAUCGUCAGUGAAGACGCGGACUAGACGGUCAGUACAUAAGCCGCAGCAUGAGGAUGUCAUAGAGGGCAGUGACUAUGACCAGAUGAUGGGACUUAGCUCCAAAGGCUUUGGAGACGACGACAUCAAGUUUCAGCCAGACUUCUCGCGUGCGAAUGCUCUGGGUAACAUCCAAUAUUCGGAAGUCUCAUCAUCAUACAAACAUCAGAAAAAGCGAAGCGUGGGUCGUCCACGCGGCAAACAAUCCUCGUUUAUAUCCCACUUGGAUACGGUCAGUGAGGAAGAAGACUGUCCAUCAUCGUCCACACUCGCAGCUCAGUCUUCUUUUGAGCACACCAGCUUCCAACCAAGCCAGGACGUCUACGACAUCCUGAACAGCCUCAAGGCCAGCACCAAAACCCACAUCGACCUCCCCAGUCUCAGCAAUGCCGCCGAUCCUGACGCCAUCCAACCCUACAGCGCCUCGCUCCUGACCAACCUCUACAUACUCUGCUACCACGAAAACCUCUGGAACCUCUGCGACCUAAUCACCGACACUUGGAUCCGCGCCUUCCACGCGCGCCGCAAAAAAGCCUACACGGACCCUGCCUACACCCUCUGGCGCCGCAACAAAGCCCUCGAAGCCCGCAAACGCGCCGCCCACCGCGCCCGCCUCACCGCCACCAUCAUCCCCUCCGAAUACGACGUCAACCCCAUAAACCUCCACCUCGACGCCACAGACCCCGAUCUCGAACCCAACAUUACAGACCCUCCCCUCCACCUCCUCACCUUACUCUACCACCACACGCCCGCCACCUGCGGCGCACGCCUUCUCUGGGCCGACGCGCUCGCGCUGGCCGGCGAUGUUACGGAAAAAGGGAUGGAAGCAGCGCGCAAGAAGGGGGAGGAGGUGCAUCACGAGUUGGUGUGGAAUGUUAUGCAGAGUGCACUGAGGAUGGUGAGGAGGAGGUUGACGUUGAAGUGUGAGGAGAGUACCGAGGGGGCGUGGUGUAGGCGGUAUCAUGAGCAUGGGAGGGGUGGCGGGGGGAGGUGUUAUAGGGAGGUUGCUGCGGAGGAGGAGUAG